AUGGCGCAAUACCAGUGUCUCUUCAGUGUUUACCGCACGCCUUCCAUAGGCUGCGAUCUUUUGGAGUUCAAUAUGCCCCACCAGAAAUCUGGGGAACACGUGCUAUUCGUGUACAACCGCCAGAUACCGUCCAAAGUUACAGAAGCGCUAUGUCAAUUCCCCGAUGCCGCAGUUGAAGAAGGUGUUUUUAUCUGGAAUGUAACGAACGCUAGAGGCAACAAUAUUUCAACGCAAAGGCAUUACAAGUUCAUUUGGCUCAAGUACACUGCCUGCUUAGGCUUUUGUAUUAUUAUUGUUCAUGACUGUGCAUGCGUGAUACUGAAACUACUGCUUUUAUCUGGGGAUGUUGAAGUGAACCCUGGGCCCCACACUCGCUCUGCAGAUAUGAAUACCACUGAAAACUUUAGUGACAUAAUGUCGGCCCUAAAGGACAUCAAGUCUGGGCAAAUGUCACUCUUAGAGGAAAUGAAAUCGAUCCGUUCACAGCUGUCAGAACAUGAUAGAACGUUUAACGACAUUAAAAAAAGGCUUACGAAUAUAGAAGUGGACUGCUCGUCUAUAGUUACAAUCAAGUCACAGGUCGAAAGCGUUCAGACGCUCGCCAAGGACAGCGCUACACAAAUCGCUCACUUGACAGCCAGAUUCGACGACUCUGAAGACAGGGCUCGUCGCACAAAUCUUAUUUUUUUCGGACACACAGAUAAUCAACGCGAAACAUGGGACCAAUCAGAAAUCCUAAUAAUUGAGCAUUGCAGCGCGGUGCUCAACGUGCCCCUCCAACCAACAGAUAUCGAGCGAGCCCACAGGAUUGGAACUUUCCAGCCUAACAAAAGUAGGCCUAUUAUUAUAAAAUUUGCACAUUUCAAAAUCAGAGCGCAAGUUCUUUUAUUUACUAAGAAGCUUAAGGGUACCAGCUACAGUAUCUCCGAAGACUACUCGUCAAAUACGCGCACUGCUCGAAAGCAUUUGCUUGAAUUUGGUAAAAACCAACGAAGUCUUUUCAAGCUCCGUCAUGAUAAACUUAUAAUUAACACGGACUUAAGCGAAGUUGACUUUAGCGUGCAUUACUUUCACUGUUUCCUUCAAACGAUCAGGGCUCAGGGGAACAUUGCCAGUGCCCUGCAGUUUGCCUGGGUGGAGAUAAACGCCUGCCUAGAGCAGUAUCAGAAAGAAGAAGCUGGAAACGUUUCCGGUAAAGUUGUCAAAUGUUUCGUGUAUUGGAUCAUACCAAGCUGA